AUGAUAAUUUGAUAAUCAUUGCACAAAAGGAAAGACUUUGAAAGAAAGAAACGAACUUGUAAAUAUGGCUAUGGAUCAUGAACAAUUCUUAGAGAAAUUUGCUUUGAAUUCUCUCUCCUUAUUCCUUUUUUUAAGCUUCUUAAUCUUCAUUUACAAAUGGCUUUGUAGAACAAAUGCUACAACCAAAAACAAGCCACCCUCCCCACGAAAGCUACCGGUUUUCGGUAACCUUCAUCAGCUUGGUAAGUUGCCUCAUCGUUCCCUACUAACCUUGUCACAGCAAUAUGGAGACCUCAUGUUGCUUCACAUCGACAGCAAGCCGACACUCGUGGCGUCAUCACCGGAUAUGGCUCGGGAGAUCAUGAAAACUCAUGAUGUUAUCUUUGCAAAUAGGCCAAAUUUGAAAGUGGCUAGGAGAAUUUUAUAUGAUUGUAAGGACUUGGCUUUUGCUAAUUAUGGAGAAUAUUGGAGGCAGAUGAAGAGCAUCUGUGUGCUGCACGUUUUGAGCAGCAAGAAAGUCCGGUCUUUUCGACAAGUGAGGGAGGAAGAAGCUGCAGUAAUGGUGGAUAAAAUCAGGAGAUUCAGACAAUCAUCAGAAGAAGUGAAUUUGAGUGAGAUUAUUGCAAGUUUGACAAAGGAUGUUAUAUGUAGAGCUGCUUUUGGGAGGAAGUAUACUGGUGAGGAAGGUUGUGCAAAUAUUAGGGAAUUGCUGAAUGAUUUUUCUGAAGCGCUUGGAGCAUUUUGUAUGCAGGAUUUUGUGCCGUGGUUGGGUUGGAUUGAUCGACUGACUGGUGUGGAUCGCAAGGCAAACAAAGUUGCAAACGCGCUUGAUGGGUUCAUUGAAAAGAUUGUUCAAGAACAUGUGGAACGACUAAACUUACAGACAGACAGUACUGAUGAAGCUGACAAAGAAGAGAAGUUGCAGGAUUUUGUGGAUAUUUUGCUUGAAAUUCAGAGAGAAAAUUCAUCUGUGCUUCCUAGAGAAAGUAUCAAAGCCAUUCUAAUGGAUAUGCUUGCUGCUGGAACAGACACAACUUACACGCUGCUAGAAUGGGCAAUGGCGGAGCUGCUACAACAUCCCCAAGUUAUGAAAGAACUGCAAGAAGAGGUAAGGGUAAGUAACAGAGGAAAACAAGGAAUAAAUGAGGAUGAUGUGAAGAACAUGAAGUACUUAAAAGCAGUCAUCAAGGAGACACUGAGGUUACAUCCACCACUUCCUCUGUUACUGUUUCGUGAAUCAUCUCAGGACGUUAAAAUAAAUGGUUACGACAUUGCUGCUGGAACACAAGUCAUUAUCAACGCGUGGGCAAUUCAAAGAGACUCUACUUCUUGGGAAGACGCAGAGGAGUUUCGUCCUGAGAGGUUCUUGAACUCUUCAAUAGACUUUAAGGGGCAAGACUUUGAGUUUAUUCCAUUUGGUGCUGGCAGACGCGGCUGCCCGGGUAUAUCGUUUGGCAUAGUCGAUGCAGAGCUGGUACUAGCAACACUUGCUUACGAGUUUGAUUGGAUGAUACCUCAAGGGAAGGAUUUUAAUCUGGUUGAGAGUAUGGGUACUACAAUUCGCAAGCGAGAUGCUCUUGUGGCCAUUCCAACUCCCUACUCAAACUAGGAAAGACAUACUUUAUCCGUCCCAAAUUUAUAGUCCUGUUUUCUAAUCUGUCGUCCCAAAAAUAUUCAUGUUUCUAUUUUUGACUAUUAAGUUUUCCACUUUUUCAUGUACUAUAAUAGUUAAAAAGUCAGUGAAAAUCUCCUCAUGUACUAUAUUUAACUUCCACAAGUACUAUACUCCCUUUUACAUGUACUAUAUAUCCUAUUUUCUCA